AUGGCGACCAAUGAACCGCGAAUUGGACUAUUCUCUAGAGGCUUUCAAGCUGUCGUUAAUUCCCGGGCGGUCCUUAUUAGAACAAUAAUAAGAUGUUUUAGUGGUGUUUUAUAUGAUGACAUUGCUGACUUUAUCCUUGAUAAAGAAGCUGAAUGUGGCAUUGUUUAUGCUGUACUACCAAGUGAAGUAGCAAAGAUACAUUCCGAAUUACUUAAAAGAAAUAUCAACGCUGUUAAGUACCAUGGUCAGCUCAGCGAAGAAGUCAAGGCUUCAAGUAUUAGCAAAUGGUCAAAUGGAAUUGCUAAAGUCAUGAUUGCAAAUGCCUCCUUUGGCAUGGGUAUAGACCGCCCUGAUGUGAGAUAUGUCUUACAUACUCACAUACCACCCAGCAUGGAUGACUACUUCCAGCAAUGUGGUCGUGCAGGACGUGAUGGCUCACCUGCAUUAUGCCACUUGUAUUACAGCUACUCAGACAAAGUUUCCCUUUAUAAACUCUUUAGCCACAAUCAAGAAAACUUAGAAGUACAAUAUGCAAAUGUGCUAGAACUGAUUGCUUUUUUGGAAAAUCCAAUUCAGUGCAGACACAAAGCCAUCAUGGCAUACUAUGGUGAAGUAAUUUCAUCUGUGUGA